GAGGAGCGGCGGCGGCGGCAGCGUCCCCGCUCGGAGCCGAGCUGCCGUGCCGGGACCGGGGGAGGGGAGCUGAGCCGCGGGCUGGCCGCGCCGCCCAGGGGGUCGAGGGGGCCCCGGCGGUCUCGUCCCUGCGGGAGCCCGGGCCGGGCUGCACCGCGGCGGCCCCGGGCACGGCGGCUCCGCGCGCCCCUCGGCGGGGCCAGGGCGCCCCCGGGCGGCGGGGCGCUGAGCGCGGCGCCGCUCUCCUCCUCCUCCUCCUGCUGCCGGGGCUGAGGCGGCGGCCGGGCCGGGGCAGGGCACCAUGCUGCCCCCGCUCUGCCCGCGCCGCUCCGCCUGACGCGGGGCCGGGGCAGCCAUGCAGCCGGCGCGCCGCUAGGUGAGCGCGGCGCGGCUGGGGCCGGAGCUCCGCGGUCACCCCCUCAGCAGCGCGGCGGCACCGGCAGGCACCGGCACCAUGAGGAACGGCGAUGACCUGGAGGGCUUCGACGGCGAGGCGUCCAGCACCUCCAUGAUCUCGGGCUCCAGCAGUCCCUACCAGCCCACCACGGAGCCCGUCAGCCAGCGCCACGGGCUGGGCGGCCUCCGCUGCGACUUGGACUACCUGCGGGGCACCUUCGGCAGGAUCAAGCUGGCCGAGGUGGUUUUGGCACUGAUCGCAUUCAUCUGCAUAGAGACCAUCAUGGAAUGCUCCCCUUGCGAAGGCCUUUAUUUCUUUGAGUUUGUGAGCUGUAGUGCGUUGGUGGUUACUGGAGUUCUGUUGCUUAUGUUCAGUCUAAAUCUUCACACAAGGAUACCGCAGAUCAACUGGAAUCUUACUGAUCUGGUCAACACUGGACUCAGCACUUUCUUCUUUUUCAUUGCCUCUGUAGUACUUGCUGCUUUAAACCAUAAAACUGGAGCAGAAAUUGCUGCUGUGAUAUUUGGUUUCUUGGCAAUGGCAGUGUAUGCUGUGAACACGUAUUUAGCUAUUAAAAAGUGGCGAAUGAACAGCAGACAGCAAAAUAGUCGGCAGACCAGUGAUUACAUACGUGCUCGGACAGAAUCCAGAGAAGUAGAUCAUCGCCCUGAGAUUCAGCGUCUGGAUGCAUGAAAGCGACAUUCCAAUGGGACUGCAAAGGGAAAAGAAGUAGUGCUUGACUCCCUCAUGGAAUAAAGGGUUUUUUCAUUAUUUAAGGAAGAAGAGAUCAGAUGGUGGCAAAGAAUGCCCAGCCCUGCAUAUGUGCAGAGAUACAUUGAGUCAGAAGCUGUUGUCAUGAAGGCAGUAAAUGUUGGUCAUUCAAAAGCAAGACCAGUUUAAGAUGCUUGCAUAUAUAUAUACAGGUUAUAUAAUAUAUAUAUAUGUUUUUGAAGUAUGUUACUGUUUUGGAUUAACUGCACGGUACUUUCCAUCCCUCUCCAUCCAUAUGUGUGUUCCUGCCACUGUUUCUUCGUCUGUUGUAAACACUAAGACCCAGCACUACAUUAAUUGGUUAAUACAGGAAAGAAAUCCACCCAAAGUAAAUAGAAUACGUGUGAGAAGGAAGUGAGACACAAAUAGCAAUAACUUUAGCCAUGUAUUACAUCCAACGAACUCUGUAUCCAACCUGCUCUAGGUGAACCUUCUUUAGCAGGGUGUGGGGCUAGGUGAUCGCCAGGGGUCCCUUCUAACCCCCACCGUGCCGUGAUCCUGUGAUCUACAUGCAGCCUUGGCAGUGCCGCUCAGUUCUCAUCUGCAAGAUCUCCUGCAGUUUCACUGUUGGUGCACUUACAUAAAUGAAAUGGACAACCAUUUCACAUUUUUUGUUUGGUGGGUUGGUUACUCUAUGGGUUACUUGGAAGUUGGCGAGAUCUGAACCUGUGCAGAAUGGUGGCCAUAGUGCAUCAAGUGCAAGUAUGAGGUUUUCUGCUAAUGUUGGGAUACGUUCUAUUUUUUUCAUUUCAAAAUGGGAAAUAAAUACACAUGGGAGGCAGGGUGGAGAAAAGGGGGUUGAGUGGCACAAUAGAGAAAGAAGGGGUUGUCAUCCAGUAUACUUGCAUUCAAGUCAUGGCUUUCUUUUUUUCCAGGUUCAGCCUUUCUGAGAAGCAUAGGGUAAGCAAGAACUAGCAAAAAAUUAUGAUACACUUUGUAAAGUGUUUCUAGAUUAAUGCAAGAUAAAUACUUUCCUUUUUUAGAUGACUGGUUGUUUUUUCUAAAACUAAAACUGUUGUUAGUAGCUAAAACUGGUUGGGGUUUUUGUUUGUUUUAAAAUUCUUUUAACUGGGUGUUUCUGCAAUUUUUUCCCCUAAUAUUUCUUGGAAAAAUGAGUUUAGAUAAUUGGAGGAUAAUAUAGGUGUAUUGAUUUGUUUAGAAAUAGUUUUACCUAACUCAGAUUUUCUUACUUCAUUGAAUCUAGUGGUGAGAAGGCUAUUUUCUCCACUCAAAACUCAAAUUCUGUAGUAAUCACGUAGACAAUAUCAUAAUAUUAUUAGGAAGAUUUCUCUUGAUAUUUUUCUGGUCGUCUUAUUAGUAUUUUUAUGUAAUCCAUUAUUUGGCAUAUGCAUGUCUGUGUGUUACAUGAAAAUGUGUGUGGGAGGUCUCUUGAGCUGAAUUCCUUUCUGGUGUAAGUCGAUAGAAUCUUUGAAAUCAGUGGACCUGUAUGUCAUGUAUGCCUGAAUUUCUCACAUUUGACUUGAACACUUUUUGCAUGGUGUUCUUGCAUAGCUGUACUCCGAAGUGGAUGAGUGCAGUUAAGUGGAGUCUUAAGAACAAACAGCAAUAUGUUGGAGAUGGGUCAUUUUUAAACAUGAAAAAGUGGUUAUACCACACAGAAGAUCAAUAGAAGUGCCUGGGCUUUUUUAAUACCAGGAGAAACUGGGAUAGUGACAGCUGUGAGCCUAAUGCUGCAAUGUUCUAAUCAAGCAACAGAGAAUUAUUUUGAUGUGUGGAAAAAAAGUGACAAAAUGGAUGUCUUUUUUAAUUUUCAGUUUACUAAUAUCUGCAGUGCAUUUCAUCUUAGUGGCUAAGGUGGAGAUUAAAAUUCGGAAGGAGUUAGUAAUGAGGUUAAAGAAAACUUGCAUUUUCUUAAUGAGUAAUGGUUUACCAGUUACUAUAGUGACAUUUCAUUGUGCUUCUUUGAAUGUUAAUGCCAAGGGAACACCUGUUAAAAAACCCAAAAAGAUCAAACCAUGUAAGCCAGCCUCUAGUGUUGGGUUUAGAACAUUUUACUGAAGUGGUGUCUCACCAAGAUUACUCUGUGUUUCAUGAAAAGUAAAGGACAGUUCCAUGCUCAGUGUGGUAUGAAAUAAUUAAGUUUGUUAUUGACAGUGCAGUUAUUACAGCCCUGCUGUUUUUCAGCAGUGCCUAGUAUUGGCAUAGUUUGCAAGGAGAGUUUGUAGAUAUUGUCAAUUAUUAAAAGAACCUUUUAAAAAGUAGCCAAGCAUACCUAAACUGUCAUUAAAGCAGUUUGUAUAAAGAUUGUAAAAACCUUAAACCAUCAAAACCAAACAACAAAAAACCUCAAAAUCAAAACACAAAAAAGAAACCCCCCAAAACCAACCCCCACCAACCCCCACCCCCAAAUAUAGAAUAUUGUCCUCCAGAAGAGCCAUGCUUUUGGAGUGGAAUCCUCUGAAAUCAAGAAACAGAAGUUAGGCAAUGCAUAGCAAAGCUUUCUUUUCAUUAGGAGUGUAUCCUGCGUGCUGGUUAACGACAAGGGCUGCGGUGGUGUGUACCUAUGUAAGAGGAUGCACCAUUCCUCGCCUGUGCUCCCUGUGCUGAUUCUGUUCAGAGCUGUGGGAGGUCUCAUGCAUCUGUAAGUUUAUGAAUUUGGUAUCUUUCAAAUCCUUAUACCUUCCCUCACCUAAAAAAAAAAAAAAAAAAAAAAAAAAAGGAUAACUUCACUGAGUGUUUUCUGGAGAUCAUGAAAAGCUUCUGUCACCUUUUAGCUGGAAUGGCACAUGUAGAGCGAUGCAGUUAUACUUCCAGUACAGUGUAAUACUUCAUCGUGUUGCUUAGCAAACCUGAAUGACCUUGUGCAGUUUUACAUGUGAAGUGAGUUUUCUUGAGCAGAGAACAGUAUGCCGUUAUUUAUUACUUACAUCAUGACAUAAGCUUAGCACAACUUUCAGGGUGUAAUUCAGAGAGAAUAUUAAUUUAAAUACUAUGUGAUACACUUUGUAAAACAAAACCAUGUAAAUUUGUAAUUUCCUUAUUUUGGGGACCAAAGAUUAUUUUAGUAUUGUACAGUAUAUACUUUCUAAAAGUCUAAGUUAAGCAUUUAUUACUGUGCACAUAACAGACGUUAUUUACUAUUUGGAUUAUAAAGAAGGAAAAUAAAGUAGCUGUGAGACAACUAAAUUUGAAACAUAAAGAUUGCAUGACAUACAGGGUUGAUUCCCCCACCCCCUCAGACUUAAUUUUACAUGGUUAUAUUAAAGAGGUGGUAAUAUUUUAAGACAGUUAUCCAGACUACAGUCAUUAUAAAACAAACAAACAACAAACUCCGAAGGAAGAAGAUAGAGUAGAAAGUUUAAAUUCUUUUUCAAACAUGCUUAGAAAAGUGACAUUAAUUGCUUCUCCCGGCCAGUUAAUCUUGCUUGUAAUUGCUAAGCAUAUAGUGAUAACUUCUCUUAGUCCUUGAGUGCUGUCUAGCUCUAUAAAGGGACUCAAACCCCACUAUAACUAAAACUAAAUCAAAUCUAAACACUGGUUUAGAUUAAAUUAAAUUAGAACCUUGGAGGAAUGAGGUGCUUGAAUCUGUAAUGGUUCCGAUUAGUCCUCUUUUGUCAAACUAAGCCCUGGGAUGCGCAGUGUCUGUGUGUUUCUGCAUGUAGAAACGAUGGUAAAUUUUGCAACUUAUGCACAGACAUCAGAAGAUUAAAUGUAAGAUAUGAUUGGAGCAACAGCAUAAUAUUGUUGUGUAGUGUUAUAUGAAGAUUCUCCUCUUAAUGCUAUGUAUGUUCAGCAUUGUCAGCCUUAGUUCAAGUUUGUCAUACAUUCCUGUAAUGGUGUGCAAACUGCCUACAAAUAGGAGUUUCUAAAACCAUAAUUAAGAACUGAUUUGACACGUUGAUUGCUUCUUACUCUCCACUUGAUCCUUUCAUUUUGUAUAUUCAUGCCUCAUCUAUCUUACGUUUUAAUAUUUGAUUUUUUUAAGCCUUCUUUAUUGAUCUCUAUAGUUUCUGCUCCAGUGUAAGGAAGGUAAGAAUACGGCCCUUUGCUUAACUAUGAUACUCUUCCCUUUGCUCUUCCCUUUGUUGAUAGCUUUUGAUGUUUGGGCUAGACGUGCCAGGGGAAACGUUAUUCUUUCUGCUCGGACUUUGGAAACUGGCUGGUAUACAGCAUGUGUGUCUGUGUAAGCUUUCCAGUAGGAGCCGCAUGCGCAGAGGUUGAGAGGGUUAGAAAUCCAUCUGCCUCUGCCUUUUCUGAGACAAGGUACUGACUCUACAGAUAUUUGAUGCCUAUAUUCCAGUCUGUGUUACUCAUGAUGAGCUUUGUAUUCAGAAGCAUUGCAUCAGCAGCGAGCUUUGCCUUGCAAGCAGCUGCUUAUUUUUUGCUUAAAGAUGUCUCUUACAUGUCAAUUCAAUAAUAUCAGGAAUGUGGGAUGCUUCUUCGUAGGUUUUGUGAUAUACGUUUCACUGUGCAUCUCCUGAUACCAUCUCCAAUGGUUUUAUCUGUUUCUAUUUCAUUGUUGAUUCUAGAAAGACGAGGGGAGAACUGGGGAAAGUUUCCAGUCUUCCCUAAGAUAAUCUUACUUUACUCCCCGCCCCCCUCGUGAAUUCCUGUGCACAGUAUGAUGGUUGCCCCUUCCUGAUGCGGCAGGCUGCACGGUUCUAAAAAUGCUGUGAAACACAGCAGCAGAAUUGAUGUGCUACAAGAUGCAUGUGAACUGUUAAGACUGAAUUGACCACUAGUUUUCCAUGAAUUUUAAGGUCCCUAAACAAAUCCGGUAUUUGGCACCUUUGUGCUGUUUUGGGGAUGUUGUGGGCACAGCAAAUGCUUGUGUUAAUACGUGUUUUAUUAAUGCGGCUCCCUCCCACCCCCCCCUCCUUAAUUCUUGUUCUCUGUCUGUUACUUUCUUGUCCCAUGACAACUUUGUCAACAUUCCUACUUGUUCUCUUUCAUAAGGAACACCCCCCCACCCCCCCCCACCCCCCCCCACCCCGAACUCAAAAUUAGAAAUAAGUUUUCAGGGCAUAAUUAAAAAAACCGAACAAACAACCCCUCCCCAACUUAACAGCCAUUCAAAUAGUGUAGCAAAUAAUAUCCUCUCUCCUCCUCAGAUAAGAUACUCAAUAGCUUUGUACGUGAAAAUUGGAGCAUAAAGAACAGGUCUUGCACUGAAAGUUCUGGAGCCAAAUAUCUUCAGCAUUAUUUAGGAUAAAUAAAAAGGCACAAUCCUAUCAUGAAUUUGAGAUGUGAUAAAGGGUGAGAAGGAGAGAGAAACCCACACUUUAUGCUUAACAAUCCAGUGCUUUCAAAAUACGUGAACGUUAAUAAUGCCCAACCACAGAAGGAAAGAUGGCUUCUGGACUUUAUAGAGAAGGGAAGAGAGACACCUGGAAUCGGAACUAAUUUCUCUGUUCCAAACUCGGGGGCUGUGCUAGCUCUGUAGUACAGCUGGAGAGCUUCUGUGCUGAUGUUGUUAAUGAUGUAUCUUAAAAGCUGAGGUGUGGUAGUUGGCGCAGAGACCUGCGGGACGUAGGUCCUUGCGUCACAAGGGGCUCUGCAUCUAGAAAAAAGGAUAGUUUCAGACCAAUUUUUGCUCAGCCUCUCUGAAAUGAGCUGUCAUGUGGCAUUUCUGAAAAUUGGGUACUUGGGUCUUGUUUAUAGCAUAAAAUAAUGGAUUGUUUGGAGGGCCAACAAAGCUCAAAAAGACUGUGCAGAUAGGUAUGUCGCGUGUAUGAAUUUUCAUGGCAACAAAAGUAAGAAUUUAAAAAUGAUGCUGAAAUGGGUACAAACCCCAGCAGAAUGUUUAAAAAUAGGUUGUAGAAAUAUUAUGCCAUAUUCCUCUCUUUAUUUUAACAGAGGGAGUAGGUGAAAAAUGAAUUUCUACAGAUAUUCAGGAAAACUCUGAAUGCCCCUGAAGAGUUUUUCCUGGUAUAUUGUUUUCCUUGUUAGCCACUUGGCCACCUGGAUAGAUCUGUUUGACAGAGUCAGAGUGGUGCUGUCCAACCUGAAAGGGUUCCUUUGUUGUUUUGGUCUUAUUUUUGCAUUGUCUUUUUAAAAUCUGUCUAUAAUUUAACCAUUUGUAUUCUAAAAAUAAUCUUUAAAAAAUCUGCUUACACUGUGAUUUAUGAUAACCUUUAAUUUAGUGUAUACAACACAAUCUAAUUUUCUUUUGGGAUAUGCAGCUUUCAAAAGUGUCUUAUAUGCCCAGAAAUGUAAGUUGUCUAUUUAUCAUGAGAAUGUGAUUAAAGUUACCUAUCCAGAAUCCCAGUGCAACUUCCAGAUGCGCUGGAUGGAUGAGUUAGUGAAAUUGCCUUUUAAUCUCUAUGGGUUAAUAAAUAUUUUUUUAUAACUAGCCGCAGAUAUUCCUUUUUAAAUUAUACUUGGCAAACAGAAGAUAUUUAAUUUUAUAUACAAUAUACAUAGUUACCUUGAUUGACAUAUUUAUAACAUAGAGCUUUGUGUUUACUAUGAAGGUUUUAUCUGUAUACCAUGGACUUCAUGGGUAAAAUUUUAAGAAGCCAGUUAGCAUAUAUGGAAGGAUAUGAAACGUAUCUCCAUGAAUUCAGGAUGAGGACAUAGGAACAUUUUAAAAAGCAAUAGCCAGAUUGUAUUAACAGAGUAUCUGGGGUUUUUCUUAUUUUUUGAUUGGGGCUGGUCCCUACAGCUAUUUUAAUAACAUCUGGAUGUGAGUAACAGAACGAAAUAGACCAUCUGCCUCUUCUGACUGUCACAGACUAUUGUCUAGAAUAUGAGAAAUUUCAGGGUAUUGUAUUUGUUUUGCUUUGGACAAAUGUCUCAAUAGACAUAUUUAAUUAAAACCUUCAUGUGUUUGAAAGAAAAUACCCUCUCUUAAGUAGGCUGAUUUACCACUUUUGGUAACCUUUUAAUCCCAAAAGUACUAUUGUCUAAAUGUUUUCAGUAAUGUUUCAUUUAUCCUGAUGUCUCCAGGUUAAAGUAGUUCUGGCUAGCACCCUUUUAUUACAACAAUUGCUACCUUCAUUUUUCUACUGUUUAUACUUCAAUCUUGAAUGUUUACCGGUUUCUACUUGUUGGAUAUUGUGGAGGGAGAGUGUAUCUUAGCACUACAGUUUAUCCAGCUUUAACUCAUACAUCACAGUUCUGGAGUAAGAAGAUAUUUUGAUUUAUAUAUUGUGGCCAAUCUAGUGCAUUUUAAAAUGAUUUCUAUACUUAAGACACAACAUUUAUGACAUAAUAUAACGAAUGACUUAGCUAAUCAUUGUAUCUGUCUAGGCUUACUCUCUUCUGUGUUAGUGUCAUUUUGAAACUAUUUGUAUAUGUUGAAGUUUGUAAGGGUUCAGGAACCCACAAUAAAAUAGUAAAGUAUGUAUUUAUUUCUCAUUGUAAUGUUCAAUUUUGAUUUGAAAGUUGACGCUUUGUAUGUCUUUUCACGGAAUUGUAAACAAAUACCGAAAAACUGCUUCACCUAGGGUGCCUUCCAUGUAUGGUAUAAACACUUGUCAGUCACAAAAAUAGAGAUGUAAAUUUAUUAAACCAGUAAACACUAUUUUUGUAAUGUGA